AUGAGUAGGCAUGUAAGAUCAAGAUCCAAAUCUAUGCAAAGAGAUGAUCUAGAGUCUAACCAGCAAGCUGCACCUGUGGUUCCUAGUGAUGAGCAACCUCAACAAGAGAAGACACCAACUGAGAGCCAGGAUAUUAUACCCAAUCACAAGGAAGAAAAUGAAGGAGCACCUGUGGUUCAAGGGCCUGAUCUGGGAGCUGAUCUCCAGAAACUGGCUCCACCAAAGACUUGCAGUAAGGGUAGAGCUGGUCCAAAUGUCAAGAGGGCAAGUUUACUAAAUUUAGAGCCCAUUAAAAUGCCAGAAGCAGGUAUGUUAUCCAUUAAGAAUGCAAAGUAUGUGGUUUAG